GUUUGCCCCUGGCUUUCUGACUGCCCAGCUUGCAGCAUGUAUUUCUGGUGCUAAGAAAAGAUCAUCUGAUGACACUGAGCCUUAAAGCCAGAGAAGGCACCUUGCCCCUUGGAGGCAGCAGAGAUGCAGGAAUCCGGAAGCUUUGCAGUCACAAGAAGAGAAGGUCUUCCCAGCCCCGGGAUCCCAGUCUCCUGUGGGAAGAAGCUCUGUAGCCGUGGGAGCCGAUGCGUGCUCAACAGGGAGACAGGACGGCCUGUGUGCCGCUGUCUGGAGGUGUGCAGGCCCCGCUACAUGCCUGUGUGUGGCUCGGAUGGGCGGCUCUACGAGAACCACUGUGAACUCCGCCGUGCAGCCUGUCUGUUGGGGAAGAGAGUUGUCAGCGUCCAUAGCAAGGACUGCUUCCUCAAAGGUGACAUGUGCACCAUGGCUGGCUACGCUCGCCUCAAGAAUGUCCUCCUAGCACUUCAGAGCCGCAGGCAGCCGCUCCAAGAAGGAGACAACAGGCAGGACCUCGCCUCCCAGAAACGCCUCUUGGUGGAGUGCCUGUUUAAGGACUUGGAUACCGAUGGCAACGGCCACCUCAGCAGCUCAGAACUGGCUCAGCACGUACUAAAGGAACAAGACCUAGAUGGGGACCUUCGGGGAUGCUCACCAGGUGACCUCCUCCAGUUUGAUGACUACAACAGUGAUGGCUCCCUGACCCUCCGAGAGUUCUACACGGCCUUCCAGGUGAUUCAGCUGAGCCUUGCCCCUGAGGACAAGGUUAGUGUGACCACAGUCACUGUAGGGCUGAGCACGGUGCUGACCUGUGCUAUUCGUGGAGACCUGAGGCCACCGAUCAUCUGGAAGCGCAACGGGCUCACCCUUAACUUUCUGGGCCUGGAAGACAUCAAUCAGGACUUCGGAGAGGAUGACUCCCUGUACAUCACCAAGGUGACCACCAUCCACACGGGUAACUACACCUGCCACGCCUUGGGUCACGAGCAGCUGUUCCAGACCCACGUCCUGCAGGUGAAUGUACCACCAGUCAUUCGCGUCUAUCCAGAAACCCAGGCACAAGAGCCUGGGGUGGCGGCCAGCCUGCGAUGCCAUGCUGAGGGCAUUCCCAUGCCCAGAAUCAUUUGGCUGAAAAACGGCAUGGAUGUCUCUGCCCAGACGUCCAAACAGCUCUCCCUCUUAGCCAAUGGGAGCGAACUCCACAUCGGGAGCGUUCGGUAUGAAGACACAGGGGCCUAUACCUGCAUAGCCAAGAAUGAAGUGGGCGUGGAUGAAGAUAUCUCCUCCCUCUUCAUUGAGGACUCAGCUAGGAAGACCCUGGCAAACAUUCUGUGGCGGGAAGAAGGCCUCAGCGUGGGAAACAUGUUCUAUGUCUUUGCUGACGAUGGCAUUGCUGUCAUCCACCCCGUGGACUGUGAGGUCCAGAGGCACCUGAGGCCCACAGAGAGGAUCUUCAUGAGCUAUGAAGAAAUCUGUCCUCCUGGGGAAGAAGAGGCCACCCAGCCAUGCCAGUGGGCAUCUGCGGUCAACGUCAGGAACCGGUACAUCUAUGUGGCCCAGCCAGCUCUGAGCAGGGUUCUUGUGGUCGACGUUCAAGCCCAGAAAGUCCUACAGUCCAUAGGUGUGGACCCUCUGCCAGCUAAGCUGUCCUACGACAAGUCACAUGACCAAGUGUGGGUCCUGAGCUGGGGGAACAUACACAAGACCCAGCCAAGUUUGCAGGUGAUCACAGAAGCCAGCGCCGGCCAGGGCCAGCACCUCAUCCGAACACCAUUUUCGGGGGUGGAUGAUUUCUUCAUUCCUCCAACCAACCUCAUCAUCAACCACAUCAGGUUUGGCUUCAUCUUCAACAAGUCUGACCCCGCCAUCCACAAAGUUGACCUAGAGACACUGAUGCCCCUCAAGACCAUCAGCCUGAAGAAACACGGCUGCAUGCCCCAGGCCAUGGCGCACACCCACCUGGGUGGCUACUUCUUCGUGCAAUGCCGACAGGACUCCGCUACUUCCACCGCUCCACAGCUGCUCAUCGACAGCGUCACAGAUUCAGUGCUGGGCCCUAACACUGAUGUCACAGGCACCCCCCAUGUGUCCCCCGAUGGGCGCUUUAUCAUCAGUGCCUCCGACAACAGUCCCCGGCUGCAUGUGCAGGAGGUCACAGUUCGAGGUGAGAUCCAGACCCUGUAUGACCUGACAGUAAACUCAGGCAUCUCAGACUUGACAUUCCAGUACUCUUUCACUGAAGGCAAUCAGUACAACACCUAUGCUACUCUCGAAAAGGAGCCCGACCUGCUGUUCCUGCAGCUGUCCACAGGGAAGAUGGGAAAGCUGGAGAACUUAAAGGACACUCCCACAGGGCCGACCCGGCCCUGGGGAGGACCCCGCAGAGUCCUGAGGGACAGUGGGUUGUUUGGACAGUACCUCCUCACUCCAAACCAAGAGUCACUGUUCCUGAUCAAUGGGAGACAAAACGCGCUGAGAUGCGAGGUGUCAGGCAUAAAGGGUACAGCCACGGUGGUGUGGGUUGGUGAGGUAUGAAACAGUCAAGCCCAGAGCCCUGCAUCCAGGAGCACCACCUAGUCCUGACACUGCAGCCCCAAGCAGGCACGCUGUACAUUUUCACAGACAAAAAGCCAAACCCUGUAAUUCACUUUGUGGUUCAACAGUGGUCUCCUUGCAAGUUUCCUAGUAUAUGGUAUGAGCUGCUACCAAGAUUGGGGGUUUUUUCGUUCAGAAGUAUGAUUUAACGCCUUGAGCUGUGACAAGAACACAUGCUGCUGUGUAAAGGAAUCAUCUCUGUGCCCGGCUGCACGCCACGUCACCUGGGGACACUUGGGGACACCUCGGAACCAAGGAAUCCCUCUGCCCAGGCUGACGCUUCUGUCGGUUGCCUUCACGUGAUCAUUGUCCUGACCCACCAGCCCCAGCCAGUCUGUGCCCUGAAGCAGUGACCUGGCAGCAGGGCUGAGCAAGACUGUCUGUCUCCAUGGGCUAGCCUUCUGCCCUUGCUGGGGACCUCACUUGCUCCUUCACAGCUCCUGCUUGCUUCCCUUUCCAUCUGACUGAGAGAGAGCCAGUGAGACUUCCUACACCUCGGGAGAUGGGGAAAUCACUCACUUUAUUUUGGAAAAUUUUGAUUAAAACUAAUUUUUUAUAAUCUUAGAUGCUAGGAAGCAGAAAACAUGCUCUCCAAGGCCCAGCUGUGCUCUUCCCUGCCUUUGGGCAAAUCUCUUAGGGUAGGAGGUGGGCAGGGUUACCACCUCACAUCCAUGUGCAGAAAAAAUAGACAUCCAAGAAAUUGUGGCUCUAGACUCCAUUGCCAGCCCUGUGGACUCGAGUGCAGCUCAGGCUACCACAUUACAAACCUGUGCUAGAAUCCCAAGAAAUCAGGACGAGCCCUGCCAGUAUGUUUUUCACUGUAGAAAGGGAUACUUCAUCGGCCAGGCCCCUAUGCCAGCAGAAUUCCCAGGGCAGACAAGGCUUGCCUAGCAAGAUGUAAAUAGCCUUUGGGCUCAAUGCCAAAAGCUGUAGGCUAUGAGUGCCGUCCAUCUGGGUUCCUGGGGCUGUGUUUCUGCGUGGGCACCAGUGGCCCAGCCCCUGCAUCUGCACUCUGAGAGAGUACUUGUCUAUGUUUUCAUACCUAUGUUUCAAUCUACACACUUCUCCAAAAUGCAGAACCAGCAAAGGGCCAGGUCAGUCCCUCCUGUCUCUGCCUACAGUGAGCUCUCAGGUCUGCCAGAAGAUGCACAACACUGUGGGGUCCACCUGUGUCAGAGACUCUUGGCAAGAAAGAAACACUGUGUCCUUUCCCCUUUCCACCAUCCCCUGGGUCUCUUAGAACGCUCUUGUCCAUCUCUCUCAUGUCAGUGGCCAAAACGUACCUGCUUUCUGGCUUGGAUGAUCAUUCUGCAAACCCCACGGAGUUUGGCAACAAGCUGACAAGCGCAGACCACACCACUCUCAAGGCACAUAAGAACGUGUCCCUUCCCUCAUCAGCACCAAGGCCAGCGGUCCCCUCCCAGCUUCUUGCCAGCAGUUCCUCCUCCUCCCACAGUUCCUGUCUUUCAGUCCACUAAAAGCCUGUCCCUUUCAAUCCCAGAGGGAUACUUGCACGUGCACUAUAACAUCCUUAGAGGUCGGGGGGGGGGGUGAUCUCAUCAGCCUAAGGCUCAGAGUCUCAUGAUAACUGGGGUACAUGUGACAUGGUAACACAUCUGCCCCUUUUGUCCUCCUUGGUUCUUGAUAUGGGAAUUCCCAAAAUCUAAUGUUUUCACUAAAAACUUCCAGUGUUCACAAACUUCAUUUUGAAAAGCAGUACCAGCCACAGGUAGCAUUCCCAAGCUCCAAGAAGGAAGAUCUCUCCCCACCCCACCCACUGGAUGCAGUCAAAGGCCAAUCCAGUCCAAACUGGAUUAGAACAAGAGUGCUGGAGUUGACUUGUGCACCAUCUGCUCCUUGGCCACUGCCCCUGUCUCUCACCAUUUGGAAAGUGGAGUCACUAGAGACAGCCAGAGGUGUCCUAUAUGCAAAACACAAAACAGGAAACCACCAGCCUGAAGCCUAGUCCAGAUGUCAGGGGCCUGGCCCAGGAGGUCGUCACAAAAGCAGAAUGAACAGGCUCCCUGGCCAGUACAGGAAGACAGGGGCCCACAGGGAGGCUUUGCCUGACUUUCCCCUUCUCAGUUCAGAGCCAGGAGAGACUGCUGAGCACAGUGCGAAACCACUGGUAGAAGAUGGCAUCACAAGCAGGUGUCCCGUAGCCAGCCCGGCCGGGGAUUAUGCUGAAGAACAUAAUGAACAAAGAUGAAUGGCCAGUGGUCCUCAAGAGGGAUUGGUUCAUCAAGAGAAUCACUAGAGAGCUAUUUACAUAAACUCCAACAGUCAUUUUAUCACACAACUGAUUACCCAAAAAUUCGAUGGUUCCUUUCUUUCCAGAAAACAAAUGCAAAUACCAUAUGCCCGUAGUUUCAUUAAGGCUUUGAAAUGAAAGCUCUGGUUCCCCUUCUCCCCAAGUGGACAGAACCCUGAUAGAAGUCCUAGAUUCCACAGCCCACCCAGCCUCCCCCAGGGAUGGAAGAGAGAGAGAGACUUCCUGUUUCUAGGCAAGCAUGUGACCCUCCCGCCCAAGCAGGUCCAAGAGAGUGCCACCCCCAAUACGGCAAAGGGCAUGAUCCCGACCUCAACAACACUGGUCCAGCCAGCUCUGUCUGGGGCUGGCCCAGGCUACUCUCUUCAGUCCCCAAGCCACACAAAUGUCCUGCUAUCUUCCCUGAAUCCCAUGAGGAAGAUGAAAAGGGACUGGUCUCGACUGGGGUCAAAUACUAAUAGCAAGCAACAGGUUUCUUGACUUAGAGAGUGUGAGCAUCACUAGAGACAGAAGUUCAAUCUCCCCCCUCACCCCCAACUGAGUCAUCUCCCCCUCCACCUGUUCCUCUGUGCGAGAAAGGGCUCCCAAUUGCAGGAAGACACCCUGGAAAGACAGUUUGCAACCCUAAAUAAAGCCACGAGUGGCCUGCUGCCACAGAGCAUGGGAACGUCUAAGUUUUCUUUCAGCAGCCAGGCACUGGCUUUGUAUGGCUACAUCUUCUCGUUUUUUUCUUCUGUUGACCAAUAACCUGUGAACUGAGGGAGAUUUCAGACUGAGAUGCAAAACAGAUUCAUUCUGGAUAUAUUUUUCUACCAGGGCUAAAGUGUUGUGGAUUCAUUUUUCAUGUGUUUCGUUCAAAUACCACAGAUGCUGAACCAUCUUUGCUGUCAAACCUCCAACCCUCCCCUCCAGAAGCAAGCCUCCAAGAGAGAGCUGAUGCCACUCCCCCUCCCUCCUAUGCACCCACCAAUCUACCUCACAUCUUCCAGGCACCCAGCACCCCCAGAAUGCCAGACAGAUGAUGGAAGACGACUAUGGAACUGACUCAGAAGCCCUCAGCCAGCCGCUACCCCUGCUCCCUGUCCCACUCCAUGUGUGAUCAGAACCCAUCCAGACACAACCCUUCGCUGCCUAGGAUCAUACCCCAGAUGCUAGCAUUCAGAUCUCUGGAGUUAAAGACAAAAACUACAGAAAGCUGUCAGGAUGGUCAGGGAAGAGGGUUAGUGUCCUGCAGGAAGAGAGAGGUGACAUGUCAGCCGAGCCUCAUACUAGGGGCAUGGCCCCCAAAUUCCCUUUGUUACCAUGUCAUUUUCCCUCCUCCCUUCUGUGUCCCAGGCCCUCCACUCAAGGGUCACCCCACCACAACCCUCGUCAUCAGCAACAGUGCCCUGCCAUACCAACUUCCUGUGGCCUUUGCCCACGACGCUCUCUUGCUCUGAGGGUUCAAAUGAAAAACCACUCACACACCAGACACUAUUAUUUGCUCCCAGAUCACCAUGGAAGUAAAGCUGUUUGGGUCAAGAGAGUCACUAACUGCCUUGGUUUCUCUCCACAAUCACAGCGCUCAUAAGGCAGAGAUGCUUAAAUUAUACAACAGGAACAAAAUGCACAGGGUGUGACCAUAAGACCCCAAGCAGCAACCCACUUCCUGCUUCCCUUUGCAGCUGCUUCAGGACCUGGGCCUGUGGGCUUGGGCCUCUGCUACCCAGCAGACACCCAGAGAUAAGCAAGCAUCGUCUUAGGCCUCGGUAUUCUCCUUAGGCUCUGAGGGCAUCCAGCUGGAAGUGUAAUUUCACCAAGCACAGUGGAUGACCUUGUGGAAACGGGGGUGGGAGCGAGAAUUAAUUUUCCGAAUUCGUAGGAUGUUUUUGUUUUUUUUUACACAACAUCACGGUUCUUGCAUUCCUUUCUUUCCAAGCUGAACAUGAACAUGGGACGGUCCAUUUCCAUGGGCCACUGCACCUCAGCACCCACCUCAAAGAACAACAGCUUCGUGCCACACCAGCUUCCCAAGGCCUCUGCCCAGAUGCUUCUUGCUUUGGGGCUCAAGUGAGAAUUCACUCAGAUCAGUCACUCAAGACCCAGAGGAUGUGAACCUGCCCUAGAGGCCUCUGCUACACUCCACAAAGCACUGUGGAAUGGCCCCUACACCAAGUGCUGGUGACAUGUGGCUCUGCACAGUUCACCCUCUGAGGAAGGGCAACUAGUGCCUGCCGGUUAUGAGGCCCAAGAGCUCCAAACCGAGGAAGUUCCCUAACCAAACCCUCAUCCACUGUCUAGCAUGCCAUCUUCAGAAGGUGAACAAGCCUGCAGGCCACCCCAGGCCCUCAGUGCCCCCAGGGGUGCUGCCCCCCACGCACACCCUCCCUGCCUGGCUCUGCCCUCUGCCCCUGCCCCAGCCCCAUGGCAUCUGACCUACCUGCCCUCUGCUACUCUGCUUUCUGAAGGCUGUGUGAAAUGCCCCGAAGCAAAACUGGGCAUGAAGUUUUGCUGGAGGGGUAAGCACAACUUUUCAUGCUAUCAUGUAGCCAAUACGACCCUCAAAUGUGGAGCCACACAACACCAUGAAGAGAUUCGUCCUUCCCCACCUCAGAAAACCUUCCCAUCUCUUAUUGAGGCAGGUUUCAUUAUUUUGAGCAGUUGUGUAGACACCAAAAUAUAUUUUCUGUAAUCACCAGUAUUUCUCAAAAGGCCUCCUGUAAUUAUUAUACAUGUGAAUUUUUCCUUAUUUAUAAAAUAUAUACAAAUUAUUUUUAAUACAUCAACUUUAGUAGAAAUUUGUACCAGCACAGUAACAGUAUGUGGCAUUUGGAAUAAGUUUGUGUUUAUUUUGACGUAUGACAUGGUAUUGAACACAGAUGUAUUUGCAGUACCACUUGACAAAAAAAAAAAGA